AUGGUGGACUUCGUCCAGAUCCUCUUCCUGGUCGUUGCGGUUGCUGAGGCUGGGCGGUCGCGGGGGUCGGACACCUUCUGCUUGAACAUCGCUGGGGUGGAAUCCUGUCAAAAUAGCUCAGAUAUCCGACUGUCACGGCUUCAAGGCAAACAGAUUGGUGAGGUUCAAGAAGUUGUAACACAAGAGGGUCAUGUGCUGAAGUUGACAACUGUCAGUGAAAAACCACUUAUAUUAGAGAUACCGGAGUUUUUGUCGGCGGAGGAAUGCGAUCAUUUUAUUGAGACAGCUCGACAGGAGGGGCUGAAAGACAGUGUGACCACAGAUAGCUCGGGUAACAUUAAAGAUGGCUUCACACUUAUGGACAAGGACAGAGACAGAAAACUCAGUGUGAACGAGAUGAGGCUAACAGUAGAAAGUGGAAUGGACAUUUAUCCUGAUCGAGAGGAUAUACUUAAAAUGUUUGAAGACACUGGAUUGGAUAAAGAUGGAGAUGAAAAAAUAUCCGCAGAAGAGCUAAAAGACUUCAGUCCUGCAGACUUGAAGGGAUAUUUCUACAAGUUUAUACAGGAACAGCCGGAAAAACAUUCUCGCUUCAGCAAACAAGUUUGGCUUUUCCCAGACAACUCCAAGGAUACAUCGUUUGAGCAGGUUCAAGACAGGGUGUCUAGAACUGUUGAUCUCCCUAUUGAACUGAUCAAGAUGAGUGAUUUCCAGGUGGUAAGCUAUGGGGUCAAAGGUCACUACAAUGCCCAUUUUGACUCAUCUGUAGUGAAUGACAAAAUGCCUUGCUGCACGCGUCAAAGAACUCAACAUUGUCGAAUCUGUAGGUACAUGACAGUGCUGUUCUAUUUAAGUGAUGUGGAGGGUGGAGGAGAAACGGCUUUCCCCUUGGCUGGUAAUGACACCAUUGAUAUGAUGCGGGUUCAGGAGGAACAGCUGACAAACCUUUACAGGAAGUGUAGCGACUCUAACCUCCAUGUGGUCCCAGCCAAGGGCAAGGCCAUUAUUUGGUAUAAUCACCAGGUUGACCCAGACACAGGCUGGCUAGGUGAUAUGGAUAAGUAUACCUUUCACGGAGGAUGUCCCGUAACCAUGGGAACCAAGUGGAUAGCUAAUUUUUGGAUCAAGACCACAGACAACAAACUUGAAGAUUUAAAAAGGAUGGUAAAAUUCACAAAAUCACACAAAAGUAUGAACCAGAAGGACGAACUUUAAAUAAAAAGAUUUUUAUAGUCAAACCUUGUUACCUCAAAGUCAUUUUGGUCAUGAAAAACCCUACAAGAUACCCCAAGUACACGUAUACUAGGUCACCAAAUAUAUUUUUAUAUCAUUUUUAAUGAUGGACUGAACUUUGAAGUUAAUUAAGCAGCGUUGUCGAGCUAUGACUUUAAGAUAACAAAGUUUGACAUGUUUAAGAAUUUUUUUUAAAAGAUUUUCACUUUGUUAAAAAAUGAUAAUGAAAAUGAUAAUUUUCUGUUGUUGUGGGUCCAACAACCCUUUGAUAAAAAAAGAUAAUGAAAAAGAUCAUUUCCUGUUGUUUUGGGUCCAACAGCCCCUAGGUUUAGUAUUUGUUAUGUAUUUGUAUAUGUAUUUUUUGUUACUAAAUUUUUAUCAAAUUAUUUCAUAAUUUAUCAAUCUAGUCAAUCCUUAUGAAACCAGCAACCACCAAUCCAAUUGCCUUGUAUAAUUAUAUAUGUGUAUCUUUCAAUACUUAUAUCCUAUGAAAAAUCGAGAGGGCCAACGAAUGAAAUUUGCUCGUAGUAGUGCUUGAUUAGUUGUAGACAAUGAAUAGCUAUUGUUAUUAUUUUACUGCUGCAAUAGACGUGGUCGGGCUUGUUACCAGGCAUGUUAUCGGAUAAAUAUUAUUAUUGGUAUCAAAUAAUAACUUAAUGUUGCUUGUAUCAAGCAUUUUCAUUGGCUAAAUUUUUUUUUAUAAUUUUUAGGAUUAACCUUGUGGUUUAAAAUCAGAGUAUAUACUCUGGUUUU